GUGACAUCAGAGUGUCCGGUCAGAGGCAGGGCUGGCCCGAGUACCGACAGAAGAAUCGGUACCGGCGGGCCCGCAGUCAGCCGGCUCAUCCGAACAAAGACGGGACACGGAGGGGCGGGAAUGAUGGAGAGGAUUCCCGGGCAGGGUUGGAGCAGCAGUGGCGGGGAAUACGGCUCUGUUCUCGGUGUGAAUGUGGGAAUUUAACCGCUGACGAAGACAAGGCUGCUGUUCCUCUCCAUCUCCUCCAUCUUGGAUGUUAGUGAUGAUGGAGCACAUCCGAACCCCCAAGGUGGAGAACGUCCGUCUGCUGGAGCGUUCUUCGGGCCAGAGGACAGCCGCCGUGGGAACGCUCUACCUGUCUGCCACUCACACCAUCUUUGUGGAGAACAACCCAGAAACCCGCAGGGAGACAUGGGUUCUGCACAGCAUGGUCUGCUGCGUGGAGCGACCGCCGGCCACGCCCACAGGAAGUCCUCUCGUCUUGCGCUGCAAGGACUUCCGGGUCUUCCAGCUCCUCUUCCCGCUGGAGCGCGACUGCCUGGAGGUCCACGCCUCCCUGACCCGUUUGUCCCGACCCGUGCGGUACAGCGAGCUCUACUGCCUGUCCUUCAACCCGAACGCCAACAAGGAGGAGCGCGAGGAAUCCUGGAGCUUCAUCGACCUGAAGGCCGACUACAGGAGGAUGGGCGUUCCCAACAACCUGUGGGUCGCCACGGCAGCCAACAGCGAGUACCGGGUGUGUGACACGUACCCCGCUGAGCUGUUUGUCCCGAAGUCGGCCACGCCGGCCGUCAUCGUGGGCAGCUCCAGGUUCAGGAGCCGAGGUCGCUUCCCGGCUCUGUCCUACUUCCACCAGGACACGCUGGCGGCGGUGUGUCGGUGCAGCCAGCCGCUGUCAGGGUUUAGUGGCCGCUGCCAGGAGGACGAGCUGAUGCUGCAGGCGUUGAUGAAGGCCAACCCAGGAAGUGAGUUCAUCUACGUGGUGGACACCCGGCCCAAGCUGAACGCCAUGGCCAACCGCGCGGCGGGGAAGGGCUACGAGAACGAAGACCACUACUCCAACAUCCGGCUGCUCUUCAUCGGCAUCGAGAACAUCCACGUGAUGAGGAGCAGCCAGCAGAAGAUCCUGGAUGUGGGGGAGAUGCGUGCGCCGUCCAUGACCGACUUCCUGUGGGGGCUGGAGAGCUCCGGCUGGCUGAAGCACAUCAAGGCGGUUCUGGACGCCGGCGUCUUCAUCGCCAAGGCUGUGGCGGAUGAAGGCGUCAGCGUUCUGGUCCACUGCUCAGACGGGUGGGACCGAACGGCCCAGGCCUGCUCUGUGGCCAGCAUUCUGCUCGACCCGUUUUACAGAACCAUCAGAGGAUUUAUGGUGCUGAUCGAGAGGGACUGGGUCUCCUUUGGACACAAGUUCUCUCACAGGUACGCCCACCUGGACGGCGACCCGAAGGAGGUGUCCCCGGUCCUGGACCAGUUCCUGGAGUGUGUGUGGCAGCUGUCGGAGCAGUUCCCCUGCGCCUUCCAGUUCAACGAGCGCUUCCUGGUGGCCGUCCACUCCCACGUCUACUCCUGCCAGUACGGCACCUUCCUGGGCAACAGCGAGAAGGAGCGCCGGGACAUGAGGCUCCGUGAGCGCAGCCACUCGGUGUGGCCCCAGCUGUGGUCGGAGCGGUCCCGGUUCUCCAACCCGCUCUACAAGGCCGAGCUGAGCCAGAGUCAGGGCGUGCUGAGGCCCAACACCUCCCCCUACUGCUUCAAGAUGUGGAAGGGCCUCUACAGCCACCUGGAGAAGGCCACGCCCCCUCGACAGUCACCUGCCGACUUCCUGUCUGCCGUCAGGGAGGAGUCCCAGCACCUGGAGGAGGAGCUGACCAAUCAGCAGGAGGUACCGGCCGGAGGGACCGCCCACCACUCCGAACAAGGCAUACAGCACACAAACACACCUUUAACUAGGACACCAGCUUCAGCAUGGGCAACAGUCAGAACCCAGCAGCUGGACCCGACCAGCUGCGACGGUUUUCAAAAUAAAGUUCAAUUUGUUUUAGUAGUGGAAAGAUGGCUGUUCUGUUUGCAGCUGUAAAAAUGGCCGCAGCAG